AUGUCUGCCGCACCACCGUUGCAGCAAGUUCCAAACUAUAAUUAUGAUAGUCCACCAAAUUAUUAUGCCGGUCAACAAAACAGUUACGGUAAUCCACCAAAUUAUUAUCCCAAUCAACCACACAAUUAUGGUAACAAUCGGCCAAAUUAUUAUGGCAAUCAGCCAAAUCAGGCGUAUGGUGCUCCAUGGACCACUGGUACGCCUAUGGGGCCUGUGAACUACGGACAACAAACUGCGGGAAACCAGCGUUCCUGUUGUCAAGAAUUAAUGCUUUGCUUGGGAGCCUGUGCAUGUUUGACCUGUUUAUGCGAAUCCUGUUGUUGUCUAUGUAAUAUGUUAUCGAAUUGA